AUGCUGAUAUCAAUCGCCAAACCAUGUUUCUACCUCUUUUUCCUUCUCCUCCUACCUCUUUUUCCUUCUCCUCCUAACUCCUCCCCGAUCUCCUCCUUCUCCGGCGACGGAAAAUCUCAGCGUCACCUCCAGAAAUCUGAUACUCAUCGCCGGAACGCGCGGAUGGCUCUCCAUGAUGAUCUCAUCAUCGACGGGUAUUACACAACGUGGCUAUGGAUUGGAUCUCCACCACAGAAGUUUGCUCUUAUUGUGGACACAGGGAGUACUGUGACUUAUGUUCCAUGUUCUACUUGUAAAGAAUGUGGCAAUCAUCAGGACCCAAAGUUUGAUCCAAAGUCAUCCAGCACUUACAAAUCUCUGAAAUGCAACAAGAAUUGCACAUGUGACAAGGACAAAAAGCAAUGUGUGUAUGAAAAUGUGUACGCUGAAUUCAGUACUAGCAGUGGUGUUCUUGGUGAAGACAUCAUAUCAUUUGGCAACCAAAGUGAAGUUUCACCUCAACGUGCCAUUUUCGGUUGUGAAAAUGUGGAAACUGGUGAUCUCUACAGUCAACAUGCCGAUGGAAUAAUAGGUUUGGGUCGUGGUUAUCCGAGUCUAGUUGACCAACUUGUUGACCGAGGUGUAAUCAGUGAUUCCUUCUCUUUGUGUUAUGGUGGAAUGGAUAUUGUUGGUGGUGCCAUUGUUCUUGGUGACAUUUCACCCCCCUCAGCUGGAAUGGUCUAUUCCUACUCAAACCCUACUCGUAGCCCAUACUACAAUAUUGAGCUGAAGGAGUUACAUGUUGCUGGAAAGCUGUUGCCUUUGAGUGAGAGUGUUUUUAAUGGAAGUCUUGGAACGGUUUUAGACAGUGGAACAACAUAUGGUUACCUACCUGAAGCAGCUUUUCUUGCAUUUAAGAAAGCUAUCAUGAAAGAAGUCCAUUCUGUCAAACAGAUAAAAGGUCCUGAUCCAACUUAUGAUGACAUUUGCUUUUCUGGUGCUGGAAGUGAUGUUUCACAGCUCUUGAAGACAUUUCCUUCUGUUGAAAUGGUGUUUGGGAAGGGACAAAAGUUGUCACUAACCCCUGAGAACUAUUUGUUCAGACACUCAAAGGUGCAUGGUGCAUAUUGCUUAGGGAUUUUUCAAAAUGGAAAGGAUCCAACGACUAUGCUUGGAGGCAUUAUCUUUCGGAAUACUCUUGUUAUGUAUGACAGAAAAAAUGACAAGAUUGGAUUUUGGAAAACUAAUUGUUCUGAUCUACGUGCAACACUUACUGUCUGCACCGGUUGGAGAAUAGGACGAGUAGUGACGUCGUUGGGAGCCGCCAUCCAGCACCGUCGCUACUCCCUUUUCCGACAACGACAAGGACCGUUGACGGAUGUCCCUUCCUCUGUCGUUGCUGCUAUAGCUCGCGUCGCCGCCUCCUUUCUCCGUUCUUCGCUUGCUGCGCCUCAGCCACGACCACCGCCGCUGUUCUCGCUUGAAGAUGCACCUUCUUCCUCUUCUGUCCCGUCGUCAGCCACACUACCGGUACCGCCAAGCGUUUACGUUGCCACCGAUGUGAGUCGUUGA